AUGAACGUGACGGCAAGACCUAUCGUCACCAACGAUGCACCCAUGACGAAAUUUUGUCCCACGUCCUGCAACACUACCCAAGAAAUGCUCAAGCCAUCGACGGCCGCCACGACCAGCCAUCUCAAGGUGCGUUUUGACUCGCAUAUCGAGGGCCUUCCGGGCCGCGCACUCCGAUCAGACAUCCACCUCUUUGACGCAUCCAUGAGGAUCGCCUACGUUUGUUACGUGGCCGUCGCUUUUGUGACUCAGAAGACUGACAAUGCUGCCGCCGGCAAUAUGCGCAUGCGCCACGCCGAAAAGGUAGCUAAGUAUACACGAGCGAAGUAG